UCUACCUACCACCUUUGUUUAAAUCUUUGCCUUCUAAUAUAUAUAUAUAUACUAACUUUGCAUACAUAUGUACUGUUCCAGAAUGUUAGAUUCCAAAUGGUGAGAUAUAAGAGCUCUGUACAUGCUGUCUCUCAGAGAUAAAGAGCAUAAGGAGAGCUAGAUAGGUAGCUAGCUAAAAUCAUUUCAUCUUCUGAGGCAUUUCUUUACAAAGUCUUGGGAUUGAAGGCACAAAUUUAUAUGUUUGUAGAGUUGGAAUAAUCAUGCCACUGUUAUUGCAGAGAUGAUGUGAUGAUCUAACACCUUCUUUUCUUUUACUCAUAUAUAUAUAUAUAUAUAUAUAUAAGGUUAUCAUUGAAAAGGUAAAGGUUGAAAGAGUUGAUGUUUUAUUUUCAUCAAGCUUCUUCUUCUUCUUCUUCUUCAUCUACUUGUAGGUUUUCAUAUCAAAGAAGAAACAAGAAGGAAAGUGAGUGCAUGUGCUAAAAAGUGGAGAUCUCUCUUUUCUCUCUUUUUCCCUUUCAUUUCUUUUUCAUCUUGUGACUUUCAAGGAACUUAAAAGAAAGAAUCAUGAUGGAGUCUUCAAACUUAGAUCACCAUCAACACCAACAAGACAUUCUUGGCACCUCUUCUUUGCCACCUCUUCCUAAUUUCCAUGCAGUUUCAACCCACCAUGAAUGCAACCAAUCUCUCAUUUUUAACAAUGGUGAUGAAUAUCAUGACUUCAUUCCAAGCUGCAACACAAUCAUGGUUCAAGACCUAGGGUUUCAUCACUGGACUAACACUGGACCAAGCUUCAUGAACCUUUACUCUGAGAACCAAGAAACCAUGCCACAAAUCAAAGAGGAGUUUGUAGAUUCACUGAACAACACACCGUCUUUUUUCGGAGAAAACUUCAGCUUUGUUCUUCCAAAUUCUUCCAUUAAUUCACACUUGAAUCAAAUCCCAUCUCCAUUUCCAUUCUCCAUGGCCAUGGACUUAAGGUCUUUGGACAUCUUGGCUUCAUCUAAGCUUGCUAGAAGCUUUAAUUACCAUCCUUCUAUGAAUAGUAAGAUGUUCUUCAAUGAAGAUUCACUGCAUGAACUUGCACAUCAUCAUCAUCAAGAACAAGAGCAAGAAACUUAUGUUUUAUCCAAUGGUCAUCAUCAUUAUCAAAUGAAAACUUCAGCUCAUGGAGUUUCAGAGGAAAAGAGAUCAGUCAAUAACAUUUGCCAAAGUGCAGCAGCAGCGAAGAAACAUCGUCUUGACUCAAGACCUUCAACCUUUUCUCAUUUCAAGGUGAGGAAGGAGAAACUAGGAGAUAGAAUUGCAGCUCUUCAACAGUUAGUGUCACCUUUUGGCAAGACUGACACAGCUUCAGUGCUAAUGGAGGCAAUUGGAUACAUAAAGUUCCUUCAAGAUCAAGUUGAGACACUGAGUGUGCCUUACAUGAGAUCAUCUGGCAAUAAGAAACUAAGAACUUUUCAAGGGGAAGAAAGAGAUGAACUCAAGCCUGAUCUUCGAAGCCGAGGACUAUGUCUAGUUCCUUUAUCAUGCACUUCAUAUGUUACUGAUGAGAAUGGAGGUUUAUGGUCUUCACCAAACUUCAGAGGAGGAACUAAUUGAGAGCUUGAAUUGAAGUACUUGAAGGUACAAACAAAGAGAUCUAGAAACAGUGUGUAAAUUAAUGAGCUCAAACUAAUUAACAUUCAUGAUAGCUAGUCAUGUGGUUUUUUUCAUGUUAUUGGCUUCUUCUUUUCCUUAAUUUGUUUUUCAUAAAAUGGAGCAGAUUGGAUAAGCUUUUGAUCAAGUUCUGGGACAAUAUAGAACUGGUUUGCAUGCAUAUCAUUCAGAAAAAGAUUGCUUUCUCUUUGUACUGUGUGUUUCUCAUUGACAUUUUUUAAAUUACCACUCUUGUAUCAUC